AAUCAAACGAGAGCAACUCCAAAGACCGGAGAACUUGCUUCAAAGAAGCUGCAAAUACCUUGAAGAGAUCAAGCAGAGGUCAUCUCAGAUCCAGGUUCCUACUUACAAAGGUAUUCAGUGGAGCAAGGCAUAUGAUCUUCUGAUGUGCUUUCCAGAGAUCAAGCAGGUAAUCCUAGACCUUCAGGAUUACUACGGUCAGCAAGGGAAGGAAAUCCAGACUUCCCUCACUUUGAACUUUUUGAAGGACAACCCCAAGCUCAAAAUUCAGUAUGUUGAACAAGUUCAGAAGAUAUGUAAUGAAUUCAUGACUUUCUUCACUAAAAAGUAGCUGCUGGUCGUUUAUGAGUAUAGGUCUUAUAUACCAGAACUAAGCUGUCUUCUAAUUGUUGAUCACUACCUAGGCCUAUUUAGACUCCUAAAGAUCGAUAAAGAAAAAUUACAAGAUUUUUGCGAUAUUUCCAUUCUCAGCAGUAUUCCUUAUGAAGGAUUCAAGGAGAUUAUCCAGAACAGCAGUAAGCUGAGCAAGAUGAGUAUCACACUAUCGCAGUACAAAGAUAAGUAUCUGACUCAGGUCAUCAGAGUCAGACUUAAUGAAGACAACAGCAUUGAUGAAUUCCUUACAGCCAUCUGCGACAUAUGGGUAAAUACCACAGAUUGGCACUGGGAAUUCACUACUCAGGCUAAAUCCGUAAUUGAGCACAAGAGUCAAGAUGCUGAGUACAAAUGGAAGAAUUCCGAUCUGAUGUCUCUAUGCCCAAUAACUCAGAAUUGGGCUCUUAAAUCUCACUCUUGGGCUUUAAGAAAAGGUAUCAAUCCUUAUACCUGUCCAGUAUUUUAUCACAAGAAGAUGAGAAGAGAUAGAAGAGAUGCUGAUCCCCUUAAGAAAGCAAAGUUAAGAAAUUCUGGACAGUACUGGAUCCCUCCUUCAUCUAGGCAGAUGAAGAUCCAUGAAUCAUUUAAGCUAGGCACAGAGAAGCUAAGCACUGAAUCUAAGCCUUUUAAACCAAAAGGCAGCCCUGGGCCGAAAGAGGAUAGGUCUGAAGAGUGCAAAGCCUCUUUAAUCCCAUUUUUGAGUCAAGUAAAAAUUGAGGAUUUAAAAGAUGACUUGUCCAAAGACAGAACUCCACAGAAGGAAGAAUCAAAGAGCACAACUAGUGAAUCCCAAAGAGCUGAAAGCAUAUUCAUGACUCCAAAGACUUCUACCAAGACAGAUUCAGAGUGUAAAUCUAGUGCAUCUUCAUCAGCUCAGAUCAAGAAAUAUUCCCUUCCUGAGAUUCUUUCAGUAUUCAAAAUAAUGGGAAACUUUUCUGGCAUAUCUGACACAUAUGAGAAUGGGCAGAAAUCAGUAAUCGAAAAGCCAAACCCCGGGACUCUUAAGCUAACCAGAAAGAUUAAAGAUGUCCUGAGUAUCUCCAAGCCUUGCUACAUCCUCGAAAAUGAGAAUGCUGAGCUCACCAGGCUCUCUACUAGAACUCCUCUCGGCCAAAGAACCAACCUCAAGACCAAUCCAUGCAAUGACUUGUCCCUAAAAUUCCUGCACGAUCUCGAGACUGAACUUAAGCAUAUCGGUCCGCUAAACAUCCUAGAAGAGGCUGACCCUGAGCAUGAACUUGACAGUGACGAAGACUCUUGUUCCUAACCGAACCAAUCCUCCCAGCCAAGGUCUAGUACUGGCUAAUGAAUAAACGGUUGAAAUCUCUGUUGUCCUUCUUUAAGAGGCUAUUUGUU